AUCGCCAGCUGCUCUGUCAGUGGGUGACCAGCUGUCACUCACGGCAUUCGCAGCUGGUUUGUAUGCGCGCACAUACCAGCUGGCUUGUUGUGGAUUUGAGUCAUGUCUGUGAAAAGGUUUUGACUCAACGUGUCACGGCUCCUGACAGACUGGAUGUGACCCUGUGACCCCUGGUUGCCAGGGAGAGCGUGCUGAGGCAAUGGCUACUGGGGCUUUGGCCGGGGAGAGCCAGCUACAGAGGAUUAUCCGAGAUCUGAGUGAGGCUGUUGCAGAGCUUGCAAAAGAGUACAGGGAAAAUGGUGAGCCAAUCACAGAUGACAGUACCAACCUGCAGAAAUUCUCCUACAAGCUGGAGUACCUGCUGCAGUUUGACCAGAAGGAAAAGACCACAUUUCUGGGUACAAAGAAGGACUAUUGGGAUUAUUUCAGUGACUGUUUGGCUAAGAUCAAAGGAGCCAAUGAUGGAAUUCGCUUUGUCAAAUCCAUCACAGAGCUAAAAACAUCUCUGGGCAAAGGACGGGCAUUUAUUCGCUACUCCCUCGUACAUCAGCGACUGGCUGACACAAUACAGCAGUGCCUGAUGAACCAGAGGGUCACCAGUGACUGGUACUAUGCAAGAAGUCCCUUUCUAAAGCCCCACCUUAGUGUUGACAUCAUCAAUCACCUAUAUGAACUCAAUGAGGUUCAGUUUGAUGUGGCUUCGCGAGGACAUGAUCUUGAUGCCUCCUGGCCUACUUUUGCAAGGAGAACACUAGGAAGUGCAAACUCCCCUGGUCAUAUGUGGAAACCACCCAGUCGCAGUUCUAGCAUCAACAGUCUAGCUAGCACCUACUCCCAGCAAGCCCCUGAAUUCCCUUCUAGCCCAGACUAUGGUCAGGGUCUGUUGAAUGACCUGAAUGAGUCCCUGCCUGCCUGCACAGAAGAUAGCAGCACAGUAGAAGAUCUUCGCCUGGAGUUAGAUCAGUCAGAGCUAAGGCAGCGAGAUCUGCUCGAUAAGAUGCAGCAGUUGGGUGAGGAGGCUGCUGAGCUCAGGGGUGUAGUUGUGGAGCUUCAGAGGCAACUGGAUGUGUCGCUUGCUGCCCAGGAAGAGCAACAUGGCUUGCAGGGAGAACUCAAGGCCAUGCAGGGAAGAGAAGAGGGUCUGUUCAAAGAAGUGGAAACGCUAAGAGCUGGGGAAAAAGCCAGAGAGGUUGAACAGGGCCUACUUCAGGCAAAGCUAACAGCUGCUGAGAAGAAGAACAUAGAACUCCUGGGCAAGUUGGAUGGGGUUCUGAAUGAAAAGGGUCAGCAGGCAACCAGCUUCUUCGAUUCAGCACAAAAGAUCCACGAGUUGCUGGACAGAUUGAAAGAGGCAGAGAAAGGAAAGAUAGAAGCAGUUGCAGAAGCAGAGGAGAAGAAAAGGCAGACAGAAAGACUGGAAGAAGUACUAAGAGUCAAAGAGGCAGCGGCAAAAGAUGCUGAGAUAAGAUUUGGAGCUUUAGCUACAUCUAUAGCCGAGGAGAAGUCCAAGUUAGAAGCUAAAGUAGAGGAGCAAUGCAGUGUUCAUGAUACGUUGCAGGGUGCCAUAACAUUAAAAGAGAAGGAAGCCAGCAACCUGCAAAGGCAGUUACAGGACCUCCAAAGAUCUUUAGAGGACAAGGAGAAGGAACUGGAGCAUGAAAAGAAGAAUACACAGGAACAGAAAGAGGAAAUGCAGAAGAAAAUUGGUGCCCUAAGAGACUCCUUAGAAUCCGAACUCAACUCCUAUAAGGAGCAGCUUAAGAGCAAAGAGGCAGAGCUAGAUUAUGAAUGUGAGAAACUACAAACACUUGAAUCCAAAAACCAAAUUCUGACCAUAGAGAGGGAUAAACUUUCUGCUACCCUUGGUGAGCUGCAGGGUAAUGUCAAAGAACACGUCGCAAAGAUAGAAGACUACAAGACUCAAUGUGCCAGUCUCAUGGAACUAAAUGAGGAGCUCCUGACCACAGUAAAAAGAAAUGAGGACCUGAAGAAGGAGAUGUUAGACACAAGAGCAUUGCUUGAGGCUGAAUUAGCAGCUCUGAGGGCUUCUGAGAAACAGCUUCAAGGCCAGCUGGAGGAUGCCAAGGUGACAGUAGAUGAAAAGGACAAGAGGUUACGGGAGGAGAAUCGCAGACUGGACGAGAGUCUGCAGCGGGCCAUCCUGGCUGCAGAGCUUUCAGAGAGCACCUCAAAGCAUCUUGAGAAGGAGAACCAGAGUCUGAGGGAGGAGCAGGACACUGUGAAAGCAGCUCUUAGCAGGAUGCAGGCAGACCUCAAGAGUGUUCAUGGCCAAAUAGGAGAGUUGGAGAAGAACUUAGGAGAUUCACGCAAGAAUGAAGCAAGCCUUCAAAAACAGCUCAAAGUCAAAGAGGUCCAGUUAGAGAGUAAAGAAAAGGACCUUGUUGAGCUCCAGUCUAGGUUAAAUGCUUUGGACGUCAAGGAGAAGGAGUUAGAGGCUGCCAAAGCUGAUGCAGAAGCAACCUGCGCCAGACAAACAGAAAUGAUUGAAAGGUUGACCUCUGAAAAGCAGAUGAUGGAGACAUCUCAGCAGGAGAGGACUGCUGUGCAAGCAAAGGAGAACCAGGAAGUAACAGGCCAACUGAUGGUGAUUCAGGGCCAGUUGGAAGUGAACAUGAAGGAAGUGUCCAGGCUCCAGGUGGAGAUCCUAGACCUCAGGGUACAGACGCAGAGAUCUGAGGAGGAAAAGUUAAAAUCCCAAGCACAGCUGGAGGUGACGGAGGCUCAGAGGGAUGAGCUCAGGACUCUGACUGAGCAGCUUAAGUCCCAGACAGAGACACUCAAUAAGCAGCACACGACCGAGUUGAUGGAGUACAAAAAGAAAGAAGAGGCACUUAUUGAACAGCGUGACAGGGAAGUAGCAGCCCAUGCUGAGCUGGCGAUUUCUGCAGCUGCUGUUCGAGAGGAGCUGUCCAGGCUCAAGGCAGAGAAUGACAAGCUGGCUCUGGAGAAUAGUGAGAUACGCGACGGUCUGCACAGGGCGAACACCGAGAUGGCCGAGCUGGGGAUGACCAUCUGUAAGCUGAACUCACAGAAGGAAGAAGCCAGAGAGAAUUUGGCAUGGGAUGCUGCCAGGAUGGAAGAGCUGGAGAAGGAGAUGGAGAAACUGGAGCAGUACGUGACAGAACUGCAGCUGGAAAAUAGCAAGCUAAAAGAGGAGCUGACUCAGAAGGACACACUCGCAGGGGCUGUUGUGGAGCUGCAGGAGCAGCUGGAGGAAGCCAAAAGCCUAGUGCAGAGCAUCAGGGACUCCAGUCGUGAGGAGAUAGAGGCUGUGAAGUUUCAGAUGAGCUCAGAGAACAUGAAUUCACAAGUCCAGGUGAAGAAUCUGAGUGAGCAGCACAACAAGGUGAAAGGCCAAUUGAAGGAGGAGCUGAAGAACGUGUCCAGGAUGCAGGCAAGAGUGUCUGAAUUAGAGGCUUUGAACAAGCAGUACUUACAGCUAAGUGGCGAGAAGGAUGCUCACAUCACAAAGAGCGAAGCAGUAAUUCGUGAGAACCAGAGCGAGAUUGAGCAGCUGAGAAGUGAAGUAGCCAGUGCUGAAGGAGCCCACUUAGCUGUGCAGAAGGUCUACGAAGAAGUGAAACAGAAACUCCUCCUCACUGAAUCGGACAAGAACAGCCAGUACCUGAGGAUGACCGCAGAGAUUGAUGACCUCAACAGAACCAAGACCAUCCUUGAAGAGCGGCUCAUUGAGCUCAUUAGAGACAAAGAUGCUCUGUGGCAGAAGACAGACGCUCUGGAGUUUGAGCAGAAGCUGCGAGCGGAGGAGCGCUGGUGGCUGGUGGACAAAGAGGCCACGCACUGCCUGGGCUGCCGGGGCCAGUUCACCUGGUGGCUGCGCAGACAUCACUGCCGGCUUUGCGGUCGCAUCUUCUGUUACUACUGCAGCAACAACUUUGUGAUGACCAAGCACAGUGGCAAGAAGGAGCGCUGCUGCAGGGACUGUUACGGCCAACACAGCGCCGUGGUGGAGAGGUUCACAGAGGCCGAGCUGAGCCCUUCAGAGACCCAGCCCCCUCCACCGGGAGCUGGACCUCAGCCCCCUCCGGAACCAUCCCCGUACAGACCCACUCCCAGGGUGACAGUUUCAGAUCCCAGCAACAGAUCCGAUGAUGGAGCUUUUGACAUCAUCACAGAAGAGGAAGUGAACGGCGUCUAUGACAGUGACACCAAUUCCCAGACCACAGCAGGCUCACUGGACGGAGAGCAGGACAGGCCGCAUGCAGGAGCGCUGGACAUAGCCACAGGAAAUGCGAUGCCUGAUGACCCAGAGGAGAGCGUCCCCGCUGUUCAAGAUGCAGAGAUCAACCUUCUGAAAUCAGGAGAAGUCACAAUGACUGUCCCUCUAAGCAUCAAUGAUAUCUCUGAGUUUGGUGACGGUUCCCGUGAGCUUUUCAUCAAGUCCAGCUGCUACAGUGUGAUAGCUAUCGCUAUGAGUGACUGUGGGCAAACAAUCAGCUGGGUGUUUUCCUCUGAGCCCAAAAGUGUCUCCUUCAGUGUGGUGUAUCAGGGGUUCACUGACACUGACACUGUCGCUGAAGUGGAACAGUCAAAGGUCCUGAUUCCUCUGACUCGCUGUAUUUCCCAUAAAGAGAACAUUCACGGGCAGCUGAAGGUCCGACACCCUGGCGUCUACACGCUCAUCUUUGACAACUCGUUCUCACGGUUUAUCUCCAAGAAGGUUUUCUACCACCUCACUGUGGAGAAGCCUGUAAUCUACGAUGGAAGCGACUUGCUCUAAACCCAGUACCACCUGCUCCCACAGAGGCCUCAACACGUGUCACUACAGUUCAAAAAUACUCUUACACUCAAUUUUAACCAAGUAUUUUAUAUUUUUUUGAGGUUUUAUGCACAUUUUAUUUAUUAUCUUAGCGUAAACCAAGUAAAAUCUUAGUCACCUAGCUAGUUUCAGUUAGGCUUAGAAAGUGUGUACCUUAUUUUAUUUUCCAUACUUUUUGUUUCGUUGUCCUAGUUUUUAGUCAGUCUUUCUUUGCCUACAUAUGCUGUUAUGUUAGGAUAUGCAGAUUACUGCAAGUAGCGGUACCUAGAGUACAUGAAAUACUACCACUAUGAAGCUACUUGUAAUUUCUGACGUCUGUCUGCGAAGAACACAGAAAUGAUUUUAUCAUUUUUAAAGGUGAUGGCUACGAAAAACAUUUAUAUUGUGUAAUUAUCUAAAUCAAAGGCCCAAAGUGAAAAAUGGCAGCGAGGGAAGUAAACAUCUUUAUGUGUCAGUAUAUAGGGUCUUUUACCGAGUGCCCGUACUUCCUGUAAACACAAUGACUUUCAGUUUAAGUGUCAUAUUCAGCCAUGGAACGGCUGAUCCUCCAAAGUGCCUGUUCAAACCUGAUUGCCACAAGUUAUUUUACUACUGUAGCUGUUUUUUGUUUCUUUGUUAUCUGCAAAAGUCAUAGUAGGUAUGAAUCUGCAUUUUCAUUUUAUUGUGUAUUCUAGUGUCAUACAGUAUAUUAUGAUGAGUGUCUUUUCUCUCUCUUGACAAUAUGUUGUUGUUUGAAAGCAAUAGGAAUAAGCAACAUCAUAGCUACAACUUCACACAGUGAAACAAGGGCUCAUCUCUGUGCUGCUACAGUCACAUCUCUUACUUUUGUUGGUGUAAAUUGGUGCAAUUACUAUGCAAAGCCUCAUAUUUUCUCUACAGAGCUGCACUUUGUGAUAUUUAAUAUUAUAAAUUGUUACAAUCUGUUUACAUUAUAUUUGUCAAAGAAUUCUGACAGGGAUUGAUUUUUCUACUUGCUCUAUUGGAUGAUUAUUUUUGGAUUUUAUGUGCACAAUUUCACAGGCACUCGCUGUAAGUAGUGAUGGAUCUGUCAAGCACACAGGCAAAAAGAAUAAAAUAGUGAUAAGAAAGUG